AUGAAAUCUAAAGAUCUUCUACAAGAAUUUAAUGAUUUUAGGAGGAAACUAAAAGCAGAUAUUUAAAAAACUGAAUGUUCAAAAAGUCCAUCAAAAAAUUAUAAUAAAACUCAAAGUUCACCAUAAAAGUCUAAUUCAGGUUUCAAAUAAAAAAUUAAUUUGUCCAAACAUAAAAGUCAAUUACAAGAGAGAUGUAAUACAAAAUCAUCUGCAUAAAAUCAAAAUUAUGAUUCAUAGAUUUACAAUAUUUAAUUCUAAUGCAUAACACAUGAUAAAUUAAAUUCAUAAUAGUAAAAUAUGUAAUCCCUCAAAUCUACGAAAUUAUCAAAUAAAAAAAUAUUAAAUAUCACUGAUAGAAUACUAAGUUACACAUAAUUAAAUAAUUUUUGCUUUACACUCUAAUAAAUUUAGGAUGAAGAUAUUAGAGAAUUACCUAAAGAAUAUAAAUAACUCUUACAAUAAUUAGCUUAAUUAAUAUAGGAAAAGAUAGGAGUAACAGAUUUCUGA